UUAUGCAUUACACUCAUUCGUAAACAACAGAGUACCCCGAGUCUUUGCUUUCUGCUUAUUUUUUAUCGGGUAUUCCUUUGUAGCCUUCAUAUUCGUUUCGUUGGGACGUUUUUCAUUUUUGUUUCCAACGCUCGCAACGAACAACCAAACCAAACGAAAGCGCGCGCUUCAAGCAGUUCAAUUAAAAGAGGGAUAAAAACCAAUAAAACAACCAGGAAAUUGGAUAAGAAUUGUCUUGAUAAGUCUUUUCCACAAUCCGAAUCCGAACGAUGAUUAGCAGCAUAUUCUCCCGACUGACCAUACUUACGUUUGGCACCUUGUAUCCUGCAUAUUACUCUUUCAAAACGGUUCGUGCCAAAUCUGUUGAUGAAUAUAUGAAAUGGAUGACAUAUUGGAUAGUGUUUGCCAUUUUCACAGCGGCUGAAACGUUUACUGAUGUGUUCCUGAAAUGGUUGCCGUUCUAUUAUGAAUUAAAAAUAUUGCUAAUUUUUUGGCUACUACCAUCCAUGGGUAAUGGAAGCCCAGUAGUUUAUCGCAAGUGUUUGCAUCCAUUUUUGAAGAAACAUGAGACACGUAUUGAUAGAACUUUGCAGGAAGUCAAGCACCGAGGUCAAGAUAUGGUAUUCCAUUAUGCCAGUGAAGCAGUUAUGUUCCUAGGUCGUGCUGUUAUGAAUGUCGUACAGAAAAAUAUGCCUCAUGGUGUAUUAUCAUUGUUGGCGAAUCAUGGAAUCAAUGACAACAGAUCAACUAUGCAACCAGUAGCAAAUUCUACUCUGGUUAUUGAGGAACAGCCAAUACCAAGUACUUCUUCGGGAGGUCAUAAAGUACCAAGUAGACGUAAGUCACCAGGCAGAAGGGCGGCCAGUGAAGCACCAAUAAAUGAGCAGCAGCACCAGUCAUCGCAUAACAACAACAAUACGAAGGCAAGGAAUCGUCGAGCCCGCUCAGUAAAAAAUGAAUCUGAUUUGGACAUUAAUUUAAACGAAAGUUAAAUGGUUUAUGUUUCUUUUAUUUUAUUUAUGUUUUGAGAAUUU